AUGGGUCGUUCCGCACUCGAAGUACCACCUAGUUCAACUGAUACACUUCUUGAAUUAAGCCCAAAGACGGCUACGAUUAGCAGGAACACCACCAAACCUAGCCUGAGAGCUGAGAUGUGUCACCACCCAUCUGUCAAAGAGAGAAAAUCAGAUAAAGACAUUUCUUAUGUAUUGGCAGAUUCAAGCGACUCUGCUACUUCUCACCCGAAAACAACUAACAAUCACCAUAAAACCUCCAAAACUAGCCGGGAAACCUGCACAAAUCGCCGGAGACCCACAAAGGGUCAUACCCACUUGGCCGCAGAGAAUGAAGCCCAAGAUAGCUCUGUAGCACCCUUGAGCUCAACAGAUCUUUAUUACAGCCAUUUCGGCAAAACCACCAACACCCGCCGGAAAACCAACAAGAUCCGCCGGAGAAGAGGCGCAGAUUUGGGUUCUAUAAUGGAAGGAUUUUCGUUUCUUGCCGAUGAUAGAGUUGAAGAGAGUUAUGCAGUGGAGAAGAGUUCGAGCGAUCCAUACAGUGACUUCAGGACAUCAAUGGUGGAGAUGAUCGUGGAGAAACAGAUCUUCGGAGCUGAAGAUCUUGAGAGGCUGUUACUACGUUUUCUUUCUUUGAAUUCAUCCUCUUAUCAUGAGAUCAUUGUUCAAGUUUUCUCCGAGAUUUGUGAAACUUUGUUUAGCUGUUGA